ACCCGUAUGUUUGAAUAGAGACCUCCACGAUAUGAACUCAUAGGUACCCGAAGGUUGGAGAGCGAUCGCAUAUAUAAGAACCGCGCCCCCCUGCCCCUCCCCUUCCAAAGAACACCUUCACGACCUACCUCGAACAUCGAAUUGAAUUACUGACGACCCACCACCAAGUCGCUGCACCCACACCCACCUACACUCACACCCAUGUCGCAAUCCCGCAACCAGUCGCAGGCCCGCACCGAGUCGUCCUCCAACCCAGGCUCUCGGGCAGCCUCGCAGCAGCCCUUCUCCCGCUCGGGGUCCCAGCAACCGCAGUCGCGCUCCGCGUCGAUGGGGCCCCAGUCGCGCUCGGCGUCCACGCAGCGGGAGGAGCCCACUGGGCGCCGGCCCCGCAGCCGCGCGCCGCGCAGCCGCUCCGCUGGCCUCGACGCCGGGUAUGAGACCGACCAGGGUGCCCGCCGUCGCCGCCGCGGCGGAGGCGGGCGCGCCCAGCAGGGCCUCCCCGACGGCAUGCCGCGCAUCGCGGAGGACGACCGACAGGUCGGGCAGUACAACCAGCAGGGCGUGCAGCAGCAGCCCGGCGCCCAGCCGCCCGCGCAGCCCGAGCAGCAGGACGAGGGAAGCGACGACACGCUGAAGCUCCGCCUCGAUCUGAACCUCGAUGUCUGGGUCGAGCUGAAGGCGAAGGUCCACGGUGAUGUGACGCUGUCCUUGCUUGAGGGCUGAAUUCGCAAGCCGAAGCUCGCAUGUAUGCAAGUUCUUGAACGAUCUUUCCUUAC